GAAGUAAACAAGCGUUAAAGAGCUCUGCACUGAGUCUCACACAUACAGCAAAUAGACACUGUGUAGAGAUGUAGAUGUACAUGUAGACACACUGUAGGACUGGAUCACAGCGUGAGAAUUUCCAACAUUAAAGGUAAGCUUUAAAAAUAACUCCUCUCAUGCCGUUUUAGAGGCUGUAUUCACAGUUAAUUAAAAAUUGUGACACUUGUUAGAAUGCCUACAACUGUAUUUGAUUUCAGCAGGUCCUGUGCACAUUGAACCUGUGAUAAAGCUACAGUUUUUGUUGCACCAGGAACCUGAAAUUCUAAACUGCAGGUGAUGCUAGUGGGUCAACAGAGAAAUGUUCGUCAAAAAUUUUAACCUUCAACACCCCCGACGCCAUUAUGAACUCUUUCUGCCCAGUCGACCCUACAGGGGAGAACCUCCAACAGUGGCAGGUAAGGGUUAUUUGCUUAUCAGUCUCAGCAUCCUCUCCAUUUGUUGUUUUGGAGACGUUAUUUUACAAAUAUGUGAUGGUUUAACUAAGAAUGAAAUCCUCAUGAUAUUUUGGAAAUACGUGGUCAGUACGACCGUUGGCCAUCAUCAAAACAAAAGUUAAGUAUCAUUUUUGAUAUUAUUUCUCCAUGAUACUCUUUUAAAGCUCAUUUUUUGAUGUCCUGACAUCCCCAGGGUUCCUCCUCUACCCAGACACUCCUGCUAAGAUGGAGACAACAUCACGUGAAGCUUUCUGCUCCCGUCCUGCACUUCAACAAGAGAGAGGCAAAGGUCUGCCACCUUAUCUCAACUUCAAUAGUAAACUCAGCUUAUUUAUUUCUAGAUAAGCUGUAUAUAGCGUUGUCUGAAUGUAUGUGUCAGAGCUGAAAGCAAACUUGCUAUGUAAUGUGCUGUUAUUGGUAGAUAGUGUUUAUGUAUGUAUAUUUUUGAAAACUUGGGGUUUUGUGUGAUGUGAGGAAAGGGCAAUAAUAUAUGUUUCACUUAAUUUAAAGGUUAACUCACUAAAACGGUGAUCUGGUUUCAAUACUGCCAUUAAACUGAAAUUGUGAUAUUAAUUUUUUGGGGUAAAAAAAUGUAAAAACAUUCAUAUAUAGAUGAAUAAAGAAAGACACAUUUUAGUCUGCUCAUUGGUUAAUGAUUAAAAUGGUAACAUUCCAGUGGAGCAUCUAUCAAACUCAAAUAAGACUUGAAUCAAAUACUGCUAUGAUAUUAUGGUAAGGAACAAAUCUAUUUCCUGGUAUAAUUUAAUUUAUUUUAGAACUGUACAGGGAACAAUAGACGUUUAUGUUUUGGUACAAAGUUAAAUUUGAAUGAUCAUGUCUUGAUUAAGAAAAUCGAGAACUUGAGGAGAUGAAAGUCUGUAAAUCUGAUUUAUGGGAAUGACUAAAAUGAUCAAUGAUUGUUAUUCUAGAUGUUGCCUUCAGUUCAGAAAGAUGUGUUUUUCCUGUCUUUGAAAUAGAACUCUUACCCAGCUUAUGAUUUCCAUUCAGGAGACCAUGACGCUCUGAACACACAGCAGGAGUCGCGUCGUUCCUCUCCCACAGCCUCCACACAAACAGGAAAAGGAAACAGCAGCAGGGAGGACAGAAGAACACAGAGGGACAAGGGAGAUCAGACAGCUGUGAAAAAAGAACAAGAUGCGGCAGAGAUGGUGUCACAGUAUCAGAAAGAUUUUCCUCCUCCGUUCUCCUUCUACAGGAGGGGAACACCUGCUCGCCCACAGCUGGACAACAUCGGCAUCAAUCCUGCAUUCAGGUUUGUCUGUCAGCAUCACCUGUUGCUUUUAGACCUUUUGAAUUGAAACUCAUUCUUGUGUUUUCAUAUGUUCUGAUUCACAGGAUUGAGUUUAACACAGUCCAAAGAGAGACUUACCCGGGAUGGCCCAUCAUGAACUCACAGUGUGCUGGCAGGUUGAGAGUGGCAACAUCUGGACAUCCAAACAUGACAUCAGAGUAAUAGCGUACGAUAGAUCAGCUAUCCGUGUCAAUAUCCAGGGAAUAUGUGUUUGGAAAGUUCCUGGUUAAUCUGUGACCUUGAAAAGUGGUAAUUUAUUUACACUACCAACACAGACAUCAGUGAGCGGAGAAAAUGUGUAGUUCUCACAGACAUACUUCAAACACCAUUUGUGUGGAAAAGAGCACACAAGUAAAGGUUUUGUGUGUUUUGUAGACGUCUCUGCCUCAAUGAACAAAACUAUUUACAUUUGACUCCUUCAUCGUGUUUUGAAAUUAAAGUUUAAGGUUUGCACCAGAGUUCUCCCUUAACCACAGCACAGUGUGUAUCUAUCUUUAAAUAUACUGUCUUUUGGUUCAGCAUGAAUGAAAAAAUGAUUUAUAACCAGAUUUUAGAGCUGCUCCUGUUUGCUCCAUUACAUCAGCGUUGCUAAAGAACAAACCCUUCUCUCAGGUUAGGCUUCUUCUCAAGUAACAGGAUGCUUUUAACAGCAUUUACCGCGACCAGUGAGCUAACAGUUCAAUGAUGCAGAUUUCAUGAGUUAAUGCAAGCAGCAGACCUUUCACAUUUUGUAUCAAUGACUUGUGGUAGAAAAUAAAUCCACUCUGUGACUCAUAUGAAAAACAUCAUCCACUUCAACGGAUCGGCCGAGACUCAAGCAGAUGUACAGUCAGUAAACUUUAAUUCAAGCUACAUGCUUAUCAUCAGAGCAACAGUUUGAGUUUGCUGAUGGUACAGCUGUAGAAAAGUUCAUUUAUCAGACUCUUUCAAUAUGAUAAAAAGUUUCAACACUUUUAAACAAAAAUUAGGUUGAUUAACUUUUAUUUUGGUGUAUAGAGCCAAUGUUACACAAGUGGCCAGUGUUUUUUUUACUGGGUUUUGAUGCUCAAAAAAGUCUUUCACCUAAAAAGCAUGUGUAAAAAAAAUAGAGUUUACCUAAAAAACUGUUUAUAAUAGAUUACCAUACACUGUUUAAACUCUGUCUAAUAGGGGUGGGAAUCACUAGGGGCCCAACGAUUUGAUAUUAUCACGAUACUUGGGCCACGAUAUGAUAUUAUUGCAUUUUUUAACAUUUAGCAACACAGUUAGUACUGCGAAACAAUAUAUUGCGAUUUAUACUAUUUUUUCAACUGUUUAGCUAAUUUAGCAUUUAUCUUUCCUUUAUGUUUGUCUUAUUUAUACAGUAUUUUAUUUUCAUGUUGCACAUCUUGCAAACCUUAUAUAUAUUUGUUGUACUAACCUUCUCCUGUUCUAUGAUGUCACCUCUGCCAACCUCACUGGACAAACAGUUGAUUUUAUUUUUCCGUUAUCAUAGAUUUGACUUCAUGUUAGCAACUGAUUUGAAAAAAAAAAAAAAAAAAAACGAUACUUGGUAAAUGAGAAGAUACGAUAUGUAUUACCAGACAAAAUAUUGCAAUACUAUGCUGUAUCAAUUUUUUUCUCCCACCCCUAUUGUUUAAAGGUCCCUUAGAUUUUAAAUCAGAAACUGAAUUAUCACACCCAAACAAAACAAGCUUUAGCCUCAUAAUGGGCAAUGACAUUUUAAAACAUAUUACUUCAUAGUUUUGACAACUCAGUUUAACAAAAGCAUGUUGAAUGUGAAAUGUCCCUGAGAAAUCCCCCAACACUACCAGCUUCAUGUGGUCACUUCAGGUUGACGGUCCAAUACUUCUGUUUAAAGAACAUGAAACAGUAAAUCCCAAUAAAGUCAUGUGCAACUGAAAAGCUUAUUUUCUUAUGUGCAGACCAACAUGAGUCACACUCCUCCUCACAGCUGCUCUACUUGGCUUGAUACCGAGGUAGACGGCUAGAUUGUGGGUCACACAUUUCACAGAUUUCUAUUGAACCGGGUGAGAUCAGUCCCGUGGGGUCACCUCCUGUCCCUCUGCCUGCUCCUGUCUCCAUGUCUGCGGUCGUCCCUCUCUCGGACCCUGUCCCGGUCGUCUCUCCCUCCUCUACUGCCCCACUCGACCUCUCUGUGUCGGUCUCGGUCCUCCCUGUCUCUCCCCCCGUGUCUGUCCCUCUCCCUCCAGCCACCCACGCCGUCAGCACCUCCUCCUCGCUCCUGCACCGGACCGACCCCCAGGUUAAUGGGUUUGCGGAAAGGUCUGUCCCUGCCGCCGAACCGCAGCUGUCCGGACUCUUUCUUCCCUCCCUGCCCGCCACCGAGCCGUCGGGGGACCCAACCUUUGAGGGUCCUCUCCUGUUCAAAAUCCACAAACACCUCAUGCUGGUCGACCACCAGUUUGUUGGCGUCUCUUCGCGCUCGGACGAUCGACCUCUCCUCCUUGUACUCGAUGAAAGCGUACCCUUUAGAGAACCCCGUCACGAUGUCCCGGACCAGCCGGAGCCGCUGGAUGUCUCCGUACUUUGAGAACACUUGGUGGAGUUUGUCCUCUGUUGUCUGCGGGUUUAGACGGGCCACAAACAGAGUGAGCAGGGGGUCUCCAAUAACACCUUUGUUGGGCUUGUAGCGGGCACACAUAGCCCUCCAUACCGCCCGGUCAUGGGGCUCCACGUCUGUGCUGUCGAUGCUGCCAGCUUUCAGCGGGUCAUACGCCCUCGCUACCGGACUCCAGUCAACCAUUUUAUCCCCGCAACGGUGGAAAAAUACCAACAACGACCUUAAAAUGAAGUCUUCACUGACUGUCCCACUACAUGCAUGAGGACCAGAAACUUUCCUGAUUUAGACGAACACGAGUAACAAUAAAAACAUUCCGCCCUGAAACAAAUCAGGACGCACUUUUAGGUGGUUCCUACCUACUCGAUUAGUUUUCUGAAUCGUUUCACGACGGCCAGGAAAAGUUAAAGCUGUCUGAAAAAUUUACAACACCUCAAAAAUGUUUUCCCCUCAUUUAUCAUACGAAAAAUAAGUUCAUGUAAGGAAUUUUGGCUGAAUAUGAAACAAACUAAUAUAAACGUUGAUUCCUUCUUAUAUCGAUUAGGGCAUUGGUACAGUGCGGUGGCCAAGAACCGCCACUGCUGCAAAUAAAAAAAGAAUGCAAUAACAAAAAAAGAAAGAAAAAGAAGUCAUAAUGGAAGUUAAUAAAAAAGAAACAGUGCAGAUAAAAAAAAAAAAAAAAAAAGCCACAACGGAAGUGAGCUGCUGAGGACCAAUAAUGAUGACCAGUGUUUUACGAUCCAGGUACAGAAGACGACGGCGAGAAGACAAGCAAAGAAGUAAGUGGAAAGGUUAUUGUUUAUUUAGGUUAUUUGGCUUCUUGAAACUGGUGGAUUUUGGUGUAGUGUUAGCUAGGUAGGAAGCGCCUGAAUGUGCGGCUAACGGAUGCCUAGAUUGUAAAACACUGGAGCAUUAUCAUUACUGGUCCCUGGCAGCUCACUUCUGUUGUGGCUUUUUUAUUUGCAUCCUUUUAUUUCCGCAGUAAGUAACUUUUUUUUUUAUAUCGCCACUUUUUUUUUCCUGCAUCAUUAAUUCUGUUGUGGCUUUUAAAAUUUUUUUUAAUCUGCACCGUUUCUUUUUUAAUUUGCAGCGGGCUUCAGUUUCUUUUUUUUGCAUCAGUAACUUCCAUUGGGGGUUCUUUUUUUAUUUGCAGCAGUGGCGGUUCUCAGCCACCGUAGCAUAGCUUUUGACUUCUUAUCUUAAUGUCUGAAACUGCUUCCAGGAAUUGGUACCAUUUCCAUGGCAGUGUUAAUUAAUUUAACAGGCUUCCUCCACUGGAUCAUUCAGUUCUUCAACUCUUAACACUUCCAUGGUAUGGAGUUGUUGGUUUCCAUAUCGCAUAUCAGCAGAUCAUCAUAGAUGAUCUGCUGAUAUGCGAGCUCAGUGGCUCUUACUGAAACCUCAACCUUUUAUGCACUUAGAAACAAGCUUCCUUGAAUGUCUUCUAAGUGUCUGGUGGUCAAGUCUACUCUUUUCGCCCUUCCUGAACAAUAGCAGUACAUUUCAUUAUAUGAAGGCCCAACAGCAGCAUUUUCUCUCUUGUGUUGAUGUGACAUAACUGAUACUUGCUUGAUAUUAAACUGGAUUUGGAGUUUUCUUGUUCUCUCUAGUCUGAUAGCUGCUAUGUCAACCCUCCAAAUGAUUCAUUCAGGUCUCAAAAUAGCACAGAGAUAUAGAUUCCAUCAUGUCAUGUAAUUCUACAUGUUAGUACAAUAGAUGAACUCAUAUGACACAUGGUUACAAAAAAUAUUUAAUAAAAUGGUGAAAACACAUUUCUAUGUUGAAAACUGAAUCAGUUAUUACAAAAUUAUACAGACAUCAUCACCUAAGACGUCAAUAGAUGUCACUUCAUCACUAUGCACAGGAGGUAUUGAAGUUCAUCAAUUUGUUACAAUGUGAUGUCUGCUCUGCAAAGUCAAACUCAACCAAUUCUUCAGGUCUUUUUAGGUGACAUGUCCUCUUUGCAGUUGUUUUAACCGUGCAAGUAAGAUUUUUCCCAUCAACUUAUGACUUCUGCUCCACAGCGAAACUCUCGACAGCAGUUUCUGUUUGCCAUUACAUGUCCUCCACACUCCAUUUAUAGGCCGCUUCCUGAACGGCUUUUUUAUCUGCAAUCCGCGUGUAGCGUUUCUUUUCGAAAC